CUGUUGUCGCUUUCUGUGCUUGCCUACUGUCCACUUCCUGAAGCUGAGUAGUGGAGUGGUAUCGAGAGACUGGGAAGAUUCUACAACACCAAUUAACUCCACUGUACAAUGAAAUUAACAUCAAUCAUACCCGGUCUUGAUCUCCACUACUUUACGAUAUUACUGGUAGUAGGCCUGUACAGUCCAGUGUGGGGAGAGAUAACCAGUCUGGAUGCCGGCAACAUAGAUGACACGCUCAAUAAUGCCGGAGUGGCACUCGUUAACUUUUAUGCGGACUGGUGUCGCUUCAGUCAGAUGCUGCACCCCAUCUUUGAAGAAGCAUCAAACGUGGUUAGGGAGGAAUACCCAGACAGCCGAGAUGUGGUGUUUGCACGGGUGGACUGCGACCAGCACUCGGACAUUGCCCAGCGGUAUCGCAUCAGUAAGUACCCGACACUAAAGCUCUUCCGGAAUGGAAUGAUGAUGAAGCGCGAGUACCGGGGUCAGAGGUCAGUGGCAGCCAUCGCCGACUUCAUCCGCCAGCAGAAGGUCCAGCCCAUCGUAGAGAUGAAGAGCCUAGAGGAACUCGCCACUAUAGACAGGAGUAAGCGCACCAUUGUGGGCUACUUUGAGCAGAAGGAGGCCGAAAACUACAAGAGCUUUGAGAAAGUGGCCAAUAUCCUGCGAGAUGACUGUGUGUUCAUGGCUGCCUUUGGGGAGGUGUCUAAGCCAGAGCGCUUCAGCGGUGAUAACGUGAUCUACAAACCUAUGGGGGAGAACGUUCCAGAUAUGGUGUACCUGGGCACGCUCACCAACUUCGACCUGACGUACGCCUGGGCCCAGGACAAGUGUGUCCCUCUGGUCCGAGAGAUCACCUUUGAGAAUGGAGAGGAACUGACGGAGGAGGGCAUUCCCUUUCUGAUCCUCUUCCAUCUGAAAGACGACACGGAGAGCCUGGAGAAGUUUCAGCACGAGGUUGCCCGGCAACUCAUCAGUGAGAAGGGUUCCAUUAACUUCCUGCACGCCGACUGCGAUAAGUUCCGCCACCCUCUCCUCCAUAUCCAAAAGACGCCCGCAGACUGCCCCGUCAUCGCCAUUGACAGCUUUAGACACAUGUAUGUCUUCCCAGAGUACAGCGACGUCACGAUUCCAGGAAAGCUGAAACAGUUUGUGUUAGACCUUCACUCAGGAAAAUUACAUAGAGAGUUCCACCAUGGGCCUGAUCCUACAGACAGCACACCAGGACAGGAGGAGAACAGGGAGGUUGCAAGCAAUCCUCCAGAGAGCUCUUUCCAGAAGCUGGCUCCCAGCGAAACGCGCUACACUCUCCUGAGAGACCGCGACGAGCUGUGACCCAAACACACUCUACAAUACACACACACACACACAUACAUCACACACACACAGACACACACACAGACAUUUAGAACACACAACCCACCCAGAACCUAGAGCCGGCAGUCCCGCCCCCGUGGCCUGGCCCCGCCUCUCCUGGCGGACCCUCCAUCACUCUGUUUAACUGUGGACAUCAAGGACAAGGACAAGAAGGACGCGUGAAGAAAUGGAGAGAGAGAGAGAAAGAGAAAAUAGGAGAAGAAAAACAAAUAGAGCGUUUUUUUAUUUUUUGAAGCGUGUAAAUAUGUUUGUGCUCUGUCGGUCAGUCGUGUCUAAAUUAAAUACAUUUUGUUUCUGUUUUGCUUCCCCACCCCAUUUCUGUCAGCCGAAGUUUUUUCUUGUUUUUUGUAAGAAAAGAAAAAAAAUCAACCAGAGCAAUGAAGAGGUGAUGCUCCUACUGAGGUACAGACAUGAGUUUGGAUCUCUCAUGGGUCUGAGGAAUUAUGGGAAAUUUCACUUUCAAUGAUGUGCAGGCCGUUCACUGUGUGUGUGUGUGAGUGUGUGAGAGAGAGGGAGAGGGGAUGUAGAACAAGAGAUGCAGGCCAUUCACUGUCUUACUGUGGUCAUUCAAUACUCACUCCAGUACUCUGUGUGUGUGUGCGCGUGCGUGUAUAAAAGAGGGUGAAAGGUGUGUGUUCGGAUGCAGACUUGUUCAGGUCCAGGCUCAUGAAGUCUCAUAUGAAGCCCUGCCACAAAGGCUGGAGCACAACUGGGGAUGGUGGAGGGGAGUAAAUCAGUCAUCUCAGAAGGGGAAGGAAAAAAUAAAAUAAAAUAAAAACAUUUUACAAGA